AGAAACAGAAGAACUACACUAUCUUCAGAGUUUAUGCAAAUUUCUUUCCUCACUGCCCAAGAUGCUAGCUUAUUUGGAGCACUUCGUUCACGAAAAAGAUGCGGAAUCCAGGCAAGAAGACGAAGUUGCCAGCCUCUCCAGAGCGCUUGAACUUCAAGCCAGUAUCGACGAAUUGGGUCCCACCGGAAUCGCCAGUAAGGAUUUCGGCGGCAUCAAGUCCGUGAAACCCCUGGCCAUGAUCAGGCCUUCCUCGCCCGUCGACGUGGCAAGAGUGGUGAAAGCCGCGGCGGCGUCUCCGAGUCUGACGGUGGCGGCGCGGGGGAACGGGCACUCGGUGAACGGGCAGGCCAUGGCGGAGAAGGGACUGGUCCUGGACAUGCGCGCCUUGGAGGAGCCUUUUGAGAUUGUCUGGGUAGAAGGCACGGCCUACUUGGACGUUUCCGGAGGGGCAUUAUGGGAAGACGUCCUUAAACGCUGCGUUUCGGAGGUUGGACUCGCCCCGAGGUCGUGGACGGAUUAUCUCGGUUUAACAGUUGGUGGAACGCUGUCCUACGCCGGCGUCAGCGGCCAAACCUUCCGUUACGGUCCCCAGACAUCCAACGUAACGGAAUUGGAAGUUGUAACCGGCAAAGGCGAAACGCUGUGCUGCUCCCUGACACAAAACUCUGAACUUUUCUUUGGUGCGCUCGGUGGCUUAGGACAGUUCGGUAUUAUUACAAGGGCCAGGGUCGUUCUUCAACAAGCUCCAGAUAUGGUGAGGUGGAUAAGAGUGGUUUACUCUGAAUUUGAGGAGUACGCUGGCGACGCAGAGUCGCUGGUGGGGGAAGUAGAGGAAUGUUUUGAUUACGUGGAAGGGUUCGUUCUGGUGAACAGUGAUGACCCGGCCAAUGGAUGGCCCACCGUGCCAUUGGACCCGGAACAAGUGUUCGACCCGAUUCAUAUUCCUUCCACUGCUGGCCCUGUUUUGUAUUGCUUGGAGCUGGGUCUUCACUACGGUAACGCGGAUCAUCGUUCCCGUGCGCGUGUGGAUAUGGAUGUGGAUCGAUUGCUCGGACGGCUGCGAUUCGUUCGGGGUCUCAAGUUCCAGACAGAUGUGAGCUACAUGGAGUUUCUGCUACGUGUAAAGCGCGUGGAGGAGCACGCAAAAGCCAACGGCACCUGGGAUGCGCCUCACCCUUGGCUCAAUCUGUUUGUGUCCAAGUCUCACAUUGUUGAUUUUGAUCGUGAGGUCUUCAAGAAGAUUCUCAAGGACGGGGUGGAUGGCCCCAUUUUAGUCUACCCCCUCUUGCGAACCAAGUGGGAUAAUCGUCACUCAGUGGUGGUGCCUGACAGUGACAUCUUCUACAUAGUAGCUUUGCUCCGAUUCAGCCCACCACCUCCGAAGGGUCCACCACCUGAACUCUUGGUGGCGCAAAACAAUGAGAUUAUUCAGUUCUGCACAAGCAGAGGCCUUGAUUUCAAGCAAUACUUUCCUCACUACCACUCUCGGGAGGAUUGGAUGAAACACUUUGGGAAACAAUGGACAAGAUUUGUGGAACGAAAGGCCAAUUUUGAUCCCAUGGCUAUCCUUGCUCCAGGACAGAGAAUUUUCUCUAGAACCCCUCAACCUCGUCCUAUCACAUAACUACAUCAUUUAAGAAUACCUGUCAUCAUUCUAAUUUGUAACUUUCUUUCCCUUUAUUAUAUUUUUCUUCUUUACUUUAAUUUGGUGGCAGUGUAUUUGUGAGGAAAAUAUCUAGGGCAAAUUAUUUUUGAGUUUGGUAUUUGACGCAGCUAUUAAUGAUUUGACGGUCUAUCAGAUCACAUCUAAAUAUACAAGUAAAUGGCAUGGAUCGAAACCUAGGUACAUGAGUUGAUGAAGAAAAGUGAUAUUGGAGUAGCCAAAAAAGAUGAAAAGUAUAAUGUGGGUUAGC